UUGCUAUUUUACCACUUUCAAGUACUAACACAUUAUGGGACUUUCUCGAGAACAAACUCUAGAUAGGCUCUGUCGGUUCUUGAACUCUGUCAGAGGCACUGACAAGGCACUUAUGCUGGUCCAAUACUCAUCCAAGAUCAUUAUCUGGCACCUAAAAAACCAAAAUGCAAAGUCGCCAUUGGCCGUUCGUGUAUCCAACUUUGCAGGUCCAGUUUCUGAUUUCCGAGUCCUUUUGCGUUACUACGGUCUGAUUCCUUUGUUCCAGUGGAUCAUCUUAUCAGAAAAAAAUCCAUCGCCAUCUUCAGUGAUUCAAACCCUGACACGCUUACAAAACCUGGCAAAUGUGAUUUACUAUCCACUCGAGCAUGUCUAUUGGCUUGCAUUGCACCAAGUCAUUCCCAUGUCUGAAAAGACACGAGACAAGAUUGGUAUGUGGAGUUGUCGUUUUUGGGCAGCCUAUGUACUGCUCUACUUUUAUCAGCUAUUUGAAGAGAAACGUAUGCUGGAUAUGAGACGCCAUAAUCUUAAGAUGAUCACAUCUGCAUCGAGAGUGAAUACAGCAACAGAAAGCAAGGUUACCCAGCUUGAUGCAGACAAAAUCAAAGCAGAACGUCUUGCUAUUCGCGAAGAGUCCAAAGCACUUGCAAUCAAUACUCUGAUUAAUGCUGCAUACUUUCCACUCACUAUUCAUUGGUCGCUUGAAACCAGUUCGUUUCCAGAUAUCGGUGUUGGUAUUUUUGGCACUGUUGCUGCUGUUGCUCAGAUCUACACUGCAUGGAAGUCGGCUUAAAUGCGGAAUUAUCAUUGCUAUACUCUACAAAUGCUUUAUUGAUUUAUUCUAUAAGCUUGUGAAUUCACACCAACCC